CAACAGAUAACCCGUGACAUACAGGUUUUCACACAGUCAUCAUUUCUUGGAACCUGUUAUCGGAAGCACUGGUGUCCGCGCCUUCAAUUGAUCCAUUCAAAAGAGGACUAGACACUCAGAGAAAUGCACUAGAGAACGGAUGACAUGGGCCAUAGGUCUUUUGUUCUUACUACACAAAUUUGAAUCUGAAAUCUUAUUCCUUACGCAACUUUAUGAUUUUAUUCCGUCCCUAGUCAAUGGUUGGAGUUUCUCAAGACCACUUUAGUAUCUCUCUAGGUUAUUUCAUAAAUUUCAGUAUCAUCCAAACCUCUACCUUGAACCAAGGCAUAAGCUCUAAAAUUCAAUGUGUUUGGCAGAUAUUUUACCUUGAAACAGUUGUGUAUGUCCUUCGGGAAAUGGGAAACUUUUGAAAAGGACGUGUGAUGGCUGAAAUAUUUUAUAAUGGUAGGAGAGUUGACGGUCGUAGGCCAAAUGAAAUUAGACGAGUGGAUUGUCAGUUUGGCUCGGGUUAUUCUGACGGAAUGGUAUUUCUGCAUCAAGGGAAUACCAAGGUGAUUGCAUCCGUGGUUGGGCCCCAUGCUCCCAGAGCAAAAGGUGAUGGUGUUCCAAAUGGUGCAACGAUAACGUGCCAAUUUACCAAGCCUCCGUUCGCAUCAACUUCAGGAGAACGUCGCAAACUGUCAUCAAAUGAUAGAUCAGCAAAUGAUUUUGCUACUGCCAUUGAGGAGAUAUUUUCAUGUGUCAUCAGGACAGAAAAAUACCCAAUGUCUCAAAUAGAUAUUUUUCUUGAAGUUAUUCAGUCAGAUGGCUCUGAGUUUGCUUGUGCUGUAAAUGCAACUACACUUGCCUUAACUGAUGCUGGAAUUGAAAUGGAUUACCUCGUCAGUGCAGCUACAGUUGGUCUUUGGGGUUCAUAUGUGUUCGCUGACCUUUGUCGGUUUGAGGAGAAUCCACGUAUAUCACAGUUAACCGUUGUUUGUCUUCCCAAUCUUCAUCAGCUUUCUGGAGUAAUUACAGAGGAGCAAACAGGCCAGUGGAAAGGUCAACCUCAAAUCCUUCAUACACGUCUCUCUUCUUGGUUACCUGUUGAGAGACUACAACCACUCAUAACAGAAGCUGUAAAGGUGGCUCAAACACUUCAAAAGGAGUUCUCUUAUUGGCUACGGGGUCGUGUACGUAGUGGUCUUAUCACCAGAUGACUAACAUGAUCCACCUUUAUAAAAAGAUAUCUUAAGCGGCGCCAGAUAUACUAUCUGAAUAUAAUUGAUAUGAAAUGCAGUGUUUCACGACUGACCAUGUAAAGUUACAAUAUAAAUUUCAAUCCCGACUUUAAACUUAAUUAAACGAAACUGACUUCUUUACAUGUUUUGUAGCACAAAAUUCUCUUACACAAUUACUCCGCUCAAAUAAUCUAGUUAGUUUCCUGGUCGGAAUGCUGCCUUCAUCCUUAAAAUGCAAUGAAGUAAAAUCCAAUAGACGAUGUAGAGACUCAUAGUGACCGAAGACUGAGGCUGGUUUAGACGUCAUUCAUCCAUUCAAGGUCCUGCAAUUCAUAUAUGCUACUAAUAUGUAUCAUUCUAGGUGGAAUUCUCUGACCUUUCAACCGCACUUAUAGCACUAGACGUACGGUUUUAUGGAAACACGCAUGCUACUUAAGGGGCAGCAAGUAGUAUUCAAAAAACUAUCAAACCACUUUUGUAAAACGUUUGUAGGAGAGCAAGCUAUUUCUUUAAUGUUCAUCUCAGUUUAGAACGUCUAAUUCUGUUGUUUCUAUUGCAAACUGACCGUGAUAAAUUCCUUGCAUUUUAGGACAUUUUCUACUUAAUAUAUAUAUCUUAAUAUCCUUCGA